GAUGCGCGGCCCUCUCGAACCAGGUCCCGAUGAUGCGGCUUCUGAUGUUGCCUGUGAGGCAGGAGAUGAUAACAUGGAGCCUGCUGAUCGGGACCAAGCUCGUGACCUCAAACGACGCGCUGCUGGGAGUGAGCCGGAUGCCCAGCAAGCAUGGCAAUACCACGAUCUGCUACAGAAGCAGACUCACGGAAGAGCUACGACGCGUGCGAAGAGGGGACAGAACGUCACCUGCGACAUGUACCGCGGCUUCUGCCGGCAUGCUGCAGGUCAGCUCGGGCGCUUCCCUGGCGGGCCAGCUGCCACUCCAGUUCGUGCUGGACAGCGGCCCGUCGCGGGCGGCGGCGAGCCUGCGCAGCAAGCAUCAGCUGAGCAGCAGCUUGGCGCGGGCAGUGGUCAG